AAUAGUGUACGACUUUUAAUGCUCUCCAUUAGAUUCUCGCCUUCAAGUUUCCGAGUCGUAUCGAGAAAAUUCCUUACUUUCAAAAGCUCUCUCUGUCUAUCGUCAUAUUUUGAGAUGGCUCGUACGAAGCAAACUGCUCGUAAGUCCACCGGCGGCAAGGCUCCGAGGAAGCAGCUCGCCACCAAGGCUGCUCGCAAGUCGGCCCCAACAACCGGAGGCGUGAAGAAGCCUCACAGAUACCGUCCUGGAACUGUUGCUCUUCGUGAAAUCCGUAAGUAUCAGAAAAGUACCGAACUUCUCAUCAGGAAACUGCCUUUCCAAAGGCUUGUUCGUGAAAUUGCCCAGGACUAUAAGACCGAUCUGCGUUUCCAGAGCCAUGCUGUUUUGGCGUUGCAAGAGGCAGCAGAGGCAUACCUUGUUGGAUUGUUUGAAGAUACCAACCUCUGCGCCAUCCAUGCUAAGCGUGUUACAAUCAUGCCCAAGGACAUUCAACUUGCCAGGAGGAUUCGUGGUGAAAGGGCUUGAUUUGCUCCAGAUGAUGUAGUAAUCGGCUGAUUUGUUGUUAGGAUAUUUGUUUUUUUAUCUUCUUUCAUAGGACUUGGAUAAGGAUUCAAUUUAGGGUGGAUUUCAUCGAUUUCUGAUGCUGUAAAAACCCGUAAUUUGACUUUGAUUCGUAUUCAUUUAGGUGGCUUUCCUAUAAAAUCAUUAAGCUAAAUAUAGUUUUGUUUGAUAAGUUUUGCCACCUCUUAA